CAUCGAUACACACAGCACUGAAAUGUCAUUUACCACAAAGGAUUUAUGGCAAAUUGCAACAACCGCAGUUUUGUCCUCAGUGACCCUGUCUGUUGCAGUGCCUUGUUGCUCCACCGCUUACCCCGCCUCCUCCAUCUCCAACACUCAUCCUCACCCCACCCCAUCUCUCCCUUGGCUGAGACUGGCUAGCUGGCACCAUUAUCAAUUCCUUCUGUCAGCAUGCCUGCAAAAAAAAAGCUUACGUCACAGUCAUUACUGGCUCUAUAAAAGCCAGUGUAAUGCAGAUUCACUGUGCAGUCAACCCGGCUACAUUCCUAGACAUAGAGCAGCCUGUUUCUCGAGUCAUGGCUUCCAGCGGCUUUGACCCUUACUUCCCUUCUACUUACAAGAGGAGGGUAGUUGUGCGCAGUGCAGGAUAUGGAGCUGGAGGAGGAAUAGGAUCAAGGUCUGCCUACUCCAGCCACUCCGCCCCAAUAACUUCCUAUGCAUCUUCACGCCGAAGUUAUCCAACACACACCCGAGCUAUUUCCAGCUACUCCUCCAUGCUUUCUGCUCCAGAGUCUGCAGUUGCCACUGAAGUUCGCCUUGACCAAGCAGCCCAGGUCAGCUCUGAGUUCAAAGUACUGCGGACCCAGGAGAAGGCUGAGCUGCAGGACCUGAAUGACCGCUUUGUAAACUUCAUUGACAGGGUCCAUGAACUGGAGCAGCAGAACAAGUUGCUGGAGACUGAACUCUUGCUGCUCAGGCAGAGGCAGGCGGAGCCAUCCAACAUUCGGGCCCUGUAUGAGCAUGAGCUCCGCCAGCUCCGUGCUGCUGUGGAAGAGGCCCGCCAUGAGAAGCAUGCAGCCCAGCACCACAGGGAUGAGAUGGAGAACGUGUUGGGUAACAUGCAAAAGCGCUACGAGGAGGAAGUGCUCGGCAGAGAGGAAGCAGAGGGCAGGCUCAUGGAUGCCAGGAAGGGAGCAGAUGAAGCUGCACUGGCCCGGGCUGAGCUGGAGAAAAGAGUUGGGACCCUGCUGGAUGAGCUGGCCUUCCUGAAGCACCUCUGUGAGAGUGAGAUAGCAGAGCUGCAGGCCCAAAUACAAUACAGCGCAGAGGUGUCAGUGGAGAUGGAGGUCGCCAAACCCGACCUAUCCGCUGCUCUCCGUGACAUCAGAGCCCAAUAUGAGAAGCUGGCCCAUCGCAACCUCCAAUCAGCCGAAGAAUGGUUCUGCAACAAGGUAAAUGUGAUGACAGUGGGCACUUCCCGCAACACAGAGGGUGCACGUAACGCCAAAGACGAGGCUGCAGAAUACCGCCGGCUCCUCAAUGCCAGAACGCUGGAGAUCGAUGCCUGCCGUGAGAUGAAUCAAACACUGGAAAACCAACUGCAGGACGUGGAAGAGAAACAGAGCGCUGAGAUCUCCGCUCUGCAGGAUGCGAUAAGUCAACUGGAGGAAGAGUUGAGGGCAAACAAGAAUGACAUGGCUCGCUACAUGAAAGAUUACCAGGACCUCUUGAACGUGAAGAUGGCCUUGGAUAUUGAGAUUGCAGCCUACAGGAAGCUCCUUGAAGGAGAAGAGAACCGUCUAAAUGUGGCGGGACCGGGGUCCUUCCACGUUUACUCCCAAUCCACGUACGCUGCUCCGUCCUACGGAAGAAGCCAGUUCUCCAUGCCAUUUUCAGCCGCUUCAGCUUCAGCUCCGUACAUGCUGAGCUCCCGCUUGUAUACUUCAUCACUCUCCACAGAGGAGACAAUAUCCGCAAGCCAAGCACAGCAGGCGGAGGCCAGCCCUCCUCAAGAGGAGGAGGAGGAGGAGGAGGAGGAUGCCGAGCAGCAAGAGGAAGAGGGUGACGACGAGGGUGAGAAGGAGGAAAAAGAAGAUGAAAAGCAAGAGGAGGUGGAGGGCGAAGAGAAAAACCCAUAAAUACAAAAGUUUAAAUUGAAAUGCUUUAAAAAAAAAAAAUACCUGCUAGCAUUGCAGCAGAAGGAUGUCUUCUCCGGUGCUCGAAAUGUACAGAGAUAGCUCUCUAAUUCAAACCAAAUUAAAAUCAGAAGUCAACAUGUUGGUGAACAAAUGCUCUGUAUGAUCAACUUGAGUGACCAACAGCAUGUACGCAAACUGUACCAGCUAAGAAAUGAAACAUUGUAAAAGCUUGAUGAUGAUGAAGACAGGAUGUGACAAUAGUGUCUAGAGUAGAAAUUCUGCUUUGAGGAGAUGUGUAAGAAAACACCUGUGUGUUUUACUGUCACCUGUACAUGCCUGUACGCCUGUCUGUACUGUAUGUGCAAUACCCAGUUUGAAAUGCCUUACUUCAAGUCCUCACUUAGUGCUUUAAAUCCAUGAUGUGCUGCGUUAAACUCCAAUAAAGCCUUGAAGC